UGUGAUAGCUGUUGCUGAUAAGGUGUUUGAAGCUUUCCUGACAAUGAUGGCUGAUAAACCUAAAACUAAGGAGAACGAGGAAGAACUGGAGAGACAUGCUCAGUUCUUGCUGGUGAAUUUUAACCACAUUCACAAGAGGAUCAGGAGAGUUGCAGACAAAUAUUUAUCUGGUCUGGUAGACAAAUUUCCUCACUUGCUGUGGAGUGGAACUGUCCUGAAGACUAUGCUGGAUAUCUUGCAGACACUGUCAUUGUCUCUUAGUGCAGACAUUCACAAGGACCAACCAUACUAUGACAUUCCUGACGCUCCCUAUAGAAUAACUGUCCCUGACACACAUGAAGCCAGAGAGAGUAUAGUCAAGGAUUUUGCUGCACGCUGUGGGAUGAUUCUGCAAGAAGCAAUGAAAUGGGCUCCCUCAGUUACAAAAUCUCAUCUACAGGAGUACCUAAACAAGCAUCAGAACUGGGUGUCAGGUUUGUCCCAGCACACAGGACUGGCCAUGGCUACAGAGAGCGUCUUGCACUUCGCAGGCUACAACCGGCAGAACACCACUCUGGGCGCAACCCAGCUGACUGAAAGACCAACUUGUGUGAAGAAGGACUACUCCAACUUCAUGGCUUCUCUUAACUUACGCAACCGCUAUGCAGGAGAGGUUUCUGGAAUGAUUCAGUUCUCAAAUACUACAGGCCGAACAUCUGACCUGAAUAAACUGAUGGUGAAAGAGCUGAAUAAUGCUCUUGAAUCAGGCAAUGCUGAAUUCUACACCCAGGCCAUGUUUAAGUUGACUGCACUGCUAAUAAGCAGCAAAGACUGUGAUCCCCAGCUCCUUCAUCAUCUGUGUUGGGGACCCCUGCGAAUGUUCAAUGAACAUGGCAUGGAAACAGCAAUUGCUUGCUGGGAGUGGUUGCUUGCUGCCAAGGAUGGCAUAGAAGUGCCGUUCAUGCGGGAGAUGGCAGGAGCCUGGCAAAUGACAGUGGAGCAGAAAGUUGGCCUGUUCUCUGCUGAGCAGAAAGAAGCAGAUCCGUUGGCAGCCUCAGAGGAGAGCCAGCCGAAGCCUUGUCCGCCAGAGGUGACCCCUCAUUACAUCUGGAUAGAGUUUUUGGUGCAGAGAUUUGAAAUAGCCAAAUACUGCAGUUCUGACCAAAUAGAAAUCUUCUCCAGCUUGCUCCAGAGAUCUCUUUCACUGAACAUCGGAGGGGCGAAAGGCAGUUUGAAUCGGCAUGUGGCAGCAAUUGGACCUCGAUUUAAGUUACUGACUCUGGGGCUGUCUCUGCUGCAUGCUGAUGUGGUUCCAAAUGCAACUAUUCGAAACGUUUUGAGAGAAAAGAUUUAUUCAACUGCCUUUGAUUAUUUCAGCUGUCCCUCAAAGUUCCCUACGCAAGGGGAAAAAAGGCUUCGUGAGGAUAUCAGCAUAUUGAUCAAGUUUUGGACAGCGAUGUUCUCGGACAAGAAGUAUCUGACUGCCAGCCAACUUGUGCCGCCUGAUAAUCAAGACACCAGGAGCAACCUGGAUAUCAACGUUGGAUCUCGGCAACAGGCUACACAGGGAUGGAUAAAUACUUACCCUUUAUCCAGUGGCAUGUCAACCAUAUCUAAAAAAUCAGGAAUGUCUAAGAAGACUAACAGAGGUACGCAGCUACACAAGUACUACAUGAAGCGAAGAACAUUACUGCUCUCCUUGCUGGCCACAGAGAUUGAACGUUUAAUCACAUGGUACAAUCCGCUGUCUUCCCCUGAGCUAGAGCUGGAUCAAACUGGAGAGAGCAGUGUAGCAAACUGGAGGUCUAAGUAUAUCAGUCUUAGUGAGAAGCAGUGGAAGGAUAAUGUAAAUCUGGCCUGGAGCAUUUCUCCUCAUCUUGCUGUACAGCUGCCUACCAGAUUUAAGAACACUGAAGCUAUUGGAACAGAAGUAACCCGUCUGGUACGGUUGGACCCAGGAGCUGUUAGUGAUGUUCCUGAAGCCAUAAAGUACCUGGUUACGUGGCACACGAUUGAUGCAGAUGCGCCUGAGCUCAGCCAUGUUCUGUGCUGGGCACCAACAGAUCCACCAACUGGCCUUUCCUAUUUUUCAAGCAUGUACCCGCCUCAUCCUCUAACGGCUCAGUACGGGGUUAAAGUCCUCCGAUCUUUUCCUCCGGAUGCUAUUUUAUUCUACAUUCCACAGAUCGUGCAGGCACUUCGAUAUGACAAGAUGGGUUACGUUAGAGAAUACAUCCUGUGGGCAGCUGCCAAAUCCCAGCUAUUGGCUCACCAGUUCAUCUGGAACAUGAAAACUAAUAUCUACCUGGAUGAAGAAGGACACCAAAAGGAUCCUGACAUUGGGGAACUUCUGGAGCAGCUGGUGGAGGAGAUUACUGGCUCAUUGUCUGGCCCAGCCAAGGAGUUCUACCAGCGGGAAUUUGACUUCUUUAAUAAAAUCACCAACGUUUCAGCCAUUAUCAAGCCAUUCCCUAAAGGAGAUGAAAGGAAAAAAGCUUGUUUGAGUGCUCUGUCUGAGGUGAAAGUGCAGCCUGGCUGUUACUUGCCCAGCAAUCCUGAAGCUAUUGUUCUGGACAUUGAUUACAAAUCAGGAACUCCUAUGCAGAGCGCAGCAAAAGCACCCUACCUGGCCAAAUUUAAAGUGAAACGAUGUGGAGUUAGUGAGCUUGAAAAAGAAGGUCUGCGUUGUCGUUCUGAUUCAAUAGAUGAAAGUGCAGAAGAAGGGGUGGACAGUAAGAAAAUCUGUUGGCAGGCAGCUAUCUUUAAAGUGGGCGAUGACUGCAGACAGGACAUGUUAGCUUUACAAAUCAUCGAUCUCUUCAAGAACAUAUUUCAGCUGGUAGGCCUGGAUCUUUUUGUGUUUCCAUACAGAGUGGUGGCCACAGCUCCUGGGUGCGGCGUUAUUGAGUGCAUUCCGGACUGCACAUCCCGUGACCAGCUGGGCAGGCAGACGGACUCUGGGAUGUAUGAUUACUUUACAAGGCAGUAUGGAGAUGAGUCUACCCUUGCAUUCCAGAAGGCUCGCUAUAAUUUCAUUCGCAGUAUGGCUGCAUAUAGUCUUCUCCUGUUCCUGCUCCAGAUUAAAGACAGGCAUAAUGGCAACAUCAUGCUGGACAAAAAGGGACACAUCAUUCAUAUCGAUUUUGGGUUCAUGUUUGAAAGCUCACCUGGUGGAAAUCUGGGCUGGGAGCCUGACAUUAAGCUGACUGAUGAAAUGGUGAUGAUAAUGGGAGGAAAAAUGGAGGCAACCCCGUUCAAAUGGUUUAUGGAGAUGUGUGUCAGAGGCUAUCUGGCAGUCAGGCCUUACAUGGAUGCUGUCGUCUCACUGGUUACGUUGAUGUUGGAUACGGGGCUGCCCUGUUUCCGAGGGCAGACAAUCAAGCUGUUGAAGUUUAGCCCCAACAUGACUGAACGGGAGGCUGCAACUUUCAUCCUCAAGAUCAUCCAGAAUUGUUUCCUCAGCAACAGGAGUAGAACAUAUGACAUGAUCCAGUACUACCAGAACGACAUCCCGUACUGAGGGACACCAGAGAUUCACUGCUGAAGUGGCACAUGCAACCCCACGCCCUCACUCCAAAGUUGUAAUACGUAGGAGACGCUCGGUCACACUUCGCUAUCUUCCAUCUUCUGUGUGUGUGUACAUGUGGGUACCUGUUUCCUGGACAUUGCAAAAAUCGGUCUGAUUCAUUCCUUUCUCUUUACCAGGUUAUAGAUAUUUCUGGUUUUCCCUGAACUCUUGGAGUUGGGCAGCAAUCACAAUACCAGUUGUACUAAGAUUAUGAAUGUGUUAAAGAGGUAAAGCUUGUGAAGUUUGAUAAUUUAUCGUGCAAUGCAAGGACUUUAUGAUACCUUUAAAAAGUUAAAAAACCCUUUCCUGCACAAUCCCGCAAAAUGCCAUGGAAAGGAAGGGUAUGGAUUUCUCUUUGGAAGCAGAAAUGUUAACUUGUUCUAAUUUUACUGUAGAAAAAGCCUGAUAAUCGUCCAAGGUGGUGAUGUCUGUGUAGCUGUGUUCAUACUUUGCACUGUACAUGGUCCCUGCUACGUGGUCAGUAUUUCAUAUGUACAUGAAGAAUGUAUUUUUUCCUUUCAUGUGUUUUAAAACAGAGACUCUACUGAAUAUAUAUUUAAUCUAUAAAAUGUAAUAAAAGACCUUAGACUUUGUCUGUUGCAA